UCCAUUCAAUCAGGGACGUUGUGACGUUGUGAGUCACCCGCCGAAAGUGCGCCCUGAUGUAACGGAUCCGAUUGAAGCGUGGACCAGAACGAAAGCUCUAGCACCCGCUCCCAACGUUAUGAUACAUCGAGGAUUCGAUAUUGGCAGAAUUUUUACAGUGUGGAGUUCCCACACGCCCGAAAUUCAAGCUAGUAAACAUCAGCUGUGAAAGGUGUUAAAGUACAGAACUAGUUUCCGAUACUGAAGAUUCAUCAUCGUCAUCAUCAGACAGGGAAGAACGUUGUAAUUCCCUUUUAUGGCAUGGACAUCGAUUUGUUGUGGGCUCUUCUUGCCAGCAGCCAUUGCCUUGCAUCACCGCAGCCAACACAUUCGUACUUCUCUCUAGAGAUUCAGAUGUUAGAGGUAGAAAAUCUCCUCUCCCGCAUCUCAAAAGAUGCACAUACGUUGCGAGGACACUUUCAACCCAACAGCACAAUGAUGCCGGACGACUACCCCUUUUCCUUGUUCACUGUCUACAAUCCUUCCGACCGUCAUUCCCAGCGAGAGGCUGCUUUGCAGUUUUUGGGGCAUCUGGACGCACAUUACGAAAUUGUCUUUGGAUUCUUGAAAAUCAUUCAGGAAGUCGAGGCCACGCUUCGAAUUCGACGCGCACGCCUGCGCACUUCUUUGCAACCUGUCGCAGCAAUGCCUAUCGAGGUUCUUCAGACGAUCUUUCGGUUCGCAAUUCGAUCCACCAGGCGCCGUCCCUUGGAAUAUAUCGAACCCCUAGCACUCAGUCAAGUGUGCCCCACUUGGCGCCGUGCUGCCCAAUCAUGUCCGUCGCUAUGGACCAUAAUCCGGGAUACUCACGGGAAGAGACUUGGACCUAGUAACCCCUACAUUCUAUACUCCAAGGAUCUUCCCCUACAUCUUGACACCCGGGGACCGUCGACAGUUAAAGAUCCCACGUUGCUGCUGCGCAACACAGACGCCAAAAGAGUCAUUUCCCAUCAUCAUCGUAUCCAACAUAAUGAAAAUGAUGAGCAUCAAGUCGCAUCACCUAGGAUAGGGGACUGUGAGAAUCUUCGGCAGCUUGAGCUGUGUGUAGACCCGUAUUUCGACGGGGUCACGCCGCACGGGCUCCAUAAACUGAGGGAGAUCCGCUCUCUGGCUCUGAGUGGCAUAGAUAUUGGAUGCGUACCGGCUACCCUCCCGUACCUGUCAACUUUCAAGUUCUCACUCUCACUCGAUAUGACCCCCAGGAGGAUGCUCCAACUUUAUCAGGUUAGCCGGGGCGUUGAACAUCUGCACCUCUCUGUAAAGGUCUCGAUGCGGAGGGAACCCCCUACGGUGAUAAUAUUUGAGAAGCUACACACGCUGGAACUUGGUCUUCGCAACUUAACGAUCCUGGACCAUCUCUUCACUGAGAUACAUGCUCCAAAUCUAGUCGACUUGGCAAUCGAUUUUGCCUCGGGGUGUGAGAAAGUCGAAACGGACUGGUACAUUCCAAUUCCAGAACCUACGUACACCCCCGAAAGGGGUUUGCUCCGUCUCAGGACUUUCAUGCGUCACAAAUUAGAGGACUUCGAUUUCGAACGAGGUCUGCAUCCUGGUUAAGGAUCAUCUUGGAACUUCUAGUCUGCCUGCCAUUGCACAGCUCACGUAUCC